CACUUGUUACCGCUCCUCCACAACAUUCUUUUUCGUAUUUCCUGUUGGAUGUCCCAAGGGCCCCGGGCAUAUUCUGCUAGCACAUCUAUCUUUGUGCAACGUUUUGCGAAUUUACGAAUUUCGUCUCUGCCCUCCGGCUCGACAAUAUUUCACAUAUUCUAUUAGAGUCUGGCACUCUAAUAACGUUCAUUUCUCUCCAUUUAGUGCCCAUUUUCUGCCAUGCAAGUCGGCAUACGACGACCAUCAGGUUCUGAAACGUACGACUUGCGUGACCGGAUCCAUGCCGGCGACAACGAUCACAUAGAGGCACACGCUGAGGCGGCCAAUUACAUGGACGAAGAAGAACAGCAUUCCGUUCUCGAAGACGACUCUGAUGGUGAGGAACAUUUCGAGGACGACGUGUCGUCCGAUCUCUCCAUACCCAAUGAAGCCAUCGAUUUCGACCUCGUAUACGCAUUCCAUAGCUUCGCAGCGACGGUGGACGGUCAGGCCAACGUCGUCAAAGGCGACAGCUUGUUCUUGAUGGAUGACAGCAACAGCUACUGGUGGCUGGUCCGCGUCUUGAAGACCCAGGAAGUGGGAUAUAUACCGGCAGAGAACAUUGAGACACCCUUUGAGAGGCUAGCAAGACUCAACAAACACCGUAACGUCGACCUAGCACAAGCAACCCCAGACGAAGAACUUGGUAUGGCUCCUCAGGAUCGUAUUAAUGUCGAAUACCAGCAGGGUUCCAACCAGUCACAUUCACCUAUAUUAAACACCACUCCUUCUCGCUCUCAUACCCGUGGUGUCUCUUUCCGCGCUGGCUACUAUGUUCAUCGCUACCUGCCUGCUCUCUGGCACGAAGAAGAGGAAGAGGAGGACGAUAUCGAGUGGGACGACAUACCCUAUGAAGGUGAAGAUCCUGAUCUGGCCGAGGAGGAGCAUAUGAGGAUGAUGGAAGAACACGCGGCGAGAGGCAUCCGCAUACCAAUGGAACCUGACGAUGGAAUGCAAUGGGAGGAUUCUGCCGCAGAGGAGAUGAGAUCCCGACAACAGGCGGCUCGGGAUGCGGACGCUCAGGCUACAGGUCCCAGCGGUGCAAUCUCCACAUCCCAGCGACCCGGAAAUUCGCAGCAACAGCCCUCCCAAGUGCAGCCGCUUCAAAUACAGCAAGAGCAGCUCACGCGGACUCUCAGAUCACCAUCAUCUCAGGAACGUCUCCUCCAAAAUAGUCCCACUGGUUUGAGAAACAUUGAUCCCGCCGAAGUCAUUGAAACUCGUAAACUCACGGCCACGCCUUCCAUUGCUCGCGAUUCCGAUGAAGCUUUGAAGCAUACUGGAGGAACCGUGUCAUCUAGUGUCUCUAUUCAGCAGCGGCAACAGGAGGAGGAAAGGAAGAGACUUCGAGAUGAAGAAGACGAGGCUGCGAGGAAAAGACAGAGGGGUAAAGAAAAGAUGGCGCCCCCCGUGAGCUCUGCAGGUGUCUCCCAAGGGAAACCUUCACCAGGCCCUACAUCUGGCAGUGGCAAAUUGCGUAAAGAACGGACCGAAUCAGACGAUGACGGGAAGGACAAGAAAAAGAAAGGCGGUAUGUUCAGUAUUUUUGGGAGGAAGAAGGACAAAAAUGGUGGGAGUAAGGAGAAGAAUAAUUUGUCUGGUUCAGUUGAAGGUGACGGACGGACGUCUGAAGAUUCGAGCAGAUCUGGUCAUCGACCUUCAGAUUUGGUUGCUACUCCUGCCCCCAGCAGCCCCAUGCAGCAGCAACAGCAGCAGCAGGCACUACAGCAACAGCAGGUGCAGCAGCAGCAGGCACAAGUAGCUAGGGAUGCUGCCGAAGCUAAGCGUCAACAGCCGGAACAGCAAUCCGCGGCGAUGAGCUCACCUCCUCAGGUAUCGCAGCUACGUCAACGCGAUCAACAGCAACAAGCGUUGUAUCUACAAUAUCUCAAUCGCUCCCCGGCAUCUCCUCCGGAAGCUCAGCCUUCUUAUGGCCUCCAAUCUGCCUCUGCCGUCUUGCCACCAAGCUCGUAUCACAGUCCUUCAGGGUCCGCAGGGUCUGCGACUGGUUUAACUCCACCAACGACGCGCCAACGACCCGGCUCUUUGAUCCUUACGGCCUCUUCUAUGGAUGGCCAAGGCGUUCCCGACCUCAGUGUCAUCCGCGUCUUCACCGGGAAAAAUCUCCAAACCGACGCCACCUUUAAAACCGUUCUGCUCAAUUCAUCCACCACCUCGGCUGACCUGGUCAAACAGGCGAUGCAGCGAUUCCGCUUACCUUCUGCCGAGAACGCGCAAGAUUACUAUCUGGUGGUAAAGCAAAUCGAGGGCUCGUCGGCAAGAUUGCAGGAUCAGGAGAAGCCUUUGGGCGUCUUUGAGACGCUCGUGGAAGCUGCGAUGGAGAUGCCGAAGGUCAAGAGGAGCAGUGUGGGGAGUAUCAGCUCGAUAACAAGCAAUCUUUCGAUGCACCCUGCAAUCAAGAAGCUUGCAAUGAAUGACUUUACGGAUGAUUCUGCUGUCAAAUUUUAUCUCAACAGGGCUGGUGACGAAGACGAUAGUCUUGAGAACGAGGAAACCUUGCUGGCUACCGACCUCUCUGGUGAUUCGGAGAUAGUUUCUUCGCCUAAGCAGCAGUAUUUGACCGUGUCCACCGCUGCGACCACUGUCCCGACGGAGAGGUUUAGUUCACCGUCGUACCGAUUUGCGUUGCAGCUCGUAAUCUACCCAGAUGACUUACCGGACGAUAUGGUAUUUGAUCCUCAAACUGAGGCAAUCGUGUUCAAGGAGACGUUGAACCAUCGCCCUCAGUCCGGUUCUGUGGCGUCCCCUGGUAUUACCCAACAUCUCCGUCGCAAGGUCUUUGUGUUCCCGAAGAAUGUUACUGUUGCAGAGGUCAUUGAACUUGGCUUGGAGAGGUUUGGUAUCCUAGAAGGUGUGGUCGAUGGAGGCGACGAGGUUGAGGACAAGUCGACUAAGAGAAGGAGUAUUUCUCGCGUUCGCUAUGGUCUCGCUGUUGAUGCUGGUAAUCACGAGCGAGAACUGUCGCCGUCGAGCAGAAUUAUUGACGCAUAUCCCCGGCCGCCCAAUUAUCGUGCAGUGGAUCGGCGUUACCCGGACAACAAACGUCGUUCUAUUGAUUCGGCUCAGUUGUUGGGUAGCACGGAUGAUGUCGGAGAGGACGAUCCUGUGUUCAUCCUCCGACGUGCCAUUUCGUAUCGUGCUUCCUCCUCUCGUCAUCGGAUGUCGGCGCCUCUUGAUGAGAUUGCGCUGCGCAAUCUUCACCGCGAGUCUGUUUCUAGUACGGGUUCUGAAGUCCCUGCCGCUGGUGCAUCUUCAGAGACAGCCAUGCCGCUACAACCUUCUCGUCAGGAGAUCAUCGAAGCUCAACGGCAAGCCAAACGUGCCAAUCAAAUGGCAAUUGUUUCUGCGCAGACUAAUUCCGUUAGGGGAUUGGAUCUUCUUUUACCGGGAAAUGCUAUGCUCCGUAGUUCCCGAUAUGACGCCAAUGAUAGGAUGCGCUACUCAUACGUGGAGCCAGAUGGUGAAACGUACGAUAUCAGCGACCUCGUCGAGGAAGAACUCAAAGGAAGCGACCGAGCACACCAGAACGAUUUGUUAGAAGGUGUUUUGGACAACAGAGGCAAUAAACUGGAUCGUGUCUUGAACAAAAUCAAGUCCGGGAAAUCUGGACACCGACGUCAGCUUAGCAGCGGCAAUAGCAGGACGCCUUCGUUGCGAUCGACAUCGCCUUCCUCGCAAUAUUCAUUAGACGAUAAUACUAUUGAAGGUAUCGCAACGCAUUCGCGCUCAACAACGCCUGCUUCGGCGGGUCUAGUGUCAAGAACACCGAUUCCUCCUGUCAACCCAUACGGUCGUGCAUCUCCUGAAGUACGGAGUAGGGCAGGAACAACGACACCUACGGUGAAGCCCACUUCUGCUGCUAGUCGUCGACAGCCAUCCAUCGGUUCUGUAAUGUCAGAUCUCUCGGGUUACGUUACAGCACCUACUCCGCCUGCGAUAUACUCCAAGUCAUCCACUGAUAGCACUGAUUCCGGCGGUACAGCGCAAAAAACACAUCCAACUCGUCGACCGUUCCUUCCGAAGGAUGAUUUUGGGGUGUCUAAGAUGCUGGCGGUAAUAGAGUAUAGAGCCUCCAAGUCGGCUGCUGCUCCUCUACCGAAGCUAGAUCCCGUCGACGAGAUGCUUUUUGGGCGGCCUCUUGAUGCAACUGGUUUACACCCGAAAAUUCGGGAAAUAUAUGCGAGUUCUUUCGAGAAACUUGCGGAAAUGGAUAAGAUUCUUGACGAUCUCAUAUCUCAGCAUCCUUGAUCUUUUGCUUUCGGUUCCAGUUAUAUGUAUAAAUGAUACCCUUUAUGUGUAGGCUAUCUUGUGGAGUGUAAUGCUUAUUGUUCUUGGCUCUGGACCAUCCGAGGUAUCCGUAUGAGUCAUCUGCGCGCAUGUUGGCUCAUCUACAGAAAGGUGGGCGGCGUUGCGCUCUUUCUAUGGUAUUCCCGUCCUACACCCGCUCUUUUUCCUUCUUUGAGGAUAUCUGAUGGUUGGUAGGGAAAAAGUCUAUACCGACGCUCCUAAAUUCAUUUUU